UAAGUGGUAGAAAUUUGGAGUUCAUCAAAGAACACUUGGUUUAAUUUCCUCUCCCUUCUUUAUUUAUAUUUGGACUUUUCCUUUUGUUAUAAAUUGAUGCUUAAAACUUAAAGUGAAAGAAUUUGGUGUUUUUAGGAGUGAAAAUAGUGUUCUCAUUUUUAAAUUCUAAAACAGGAAUACUAAGAUAGCAGCAGCUAGGUUUGAAAUAGUUAUUUGAUUAGGUGAUUGCAUGGGAGAAUCAAGACUAAGAAAGAAAUGAAGAAAUAUCUGCUAUAUAGAAAGACUAAUUAUAAUCAUGAUAAAGAGACCUAAAAGAAAAUAGUAAACCCAAUAUUCCAGAUUUGGGAGGAGCCACAUAAUUAACUGUGGGAAAGAAAGUCUAAUUGUAGGUGGGACUUAGGAUUGUAGAAUUUUAAAAGAGAGAUUUAGGAGCUCAGAGUACUUAUUGAAAGAGCACAGUGAUUCAGCCUUCGGGAAACUAGGCUAAGGAUUACAAGAGGUAGAACCUUGAGGACUGAUGGAUAAAUGGAAAGGGAGUGAGGUGGUGAUAAAUGGAGGUGCCACAACAAGUGGUGAACAGGAUAAUGAGGAUACUGAGCUAAUGGCAAUCUAUACUACAGAAAAUGGCAUAGCUGAAAAGAGUUCUCUUGCAGAGACAUUGGACAGCACUGGAAGUUUAGAUCCCCAGAGAACAGAUAUGAUUUAUACAAUAGAAGAUGUACCUCCCUGGUAUCUCUGUAUAUUCUUAGGGCUACAGCACUAUUUGACCUGUUUUAGUGGUACCAUAGCAGUGCCCUUCUUGCUAGCUGAUGCUAUGUGUGUUGGAUAUGACCAGUGGGCUACAAGUCAGCUUAUUGGGACCAUAUUCUUCUGUGUGGGAAUCACAACUUUGUUACAGACAACUUUUGGAUGCAGGUUACCUCUAUUUCAAGCUAGUGCUUUUGCAUUUUUGGCCCCUGCUAGAGCUAUUUUGUCUCUGGAUAAAUGGAAAUGCAAUACUACAGCUCUUUCAGUUACCAAUGAAACAACAGAAUUAUUGCAUACUGAGCAUAUCUGGUAUCCAAGAAUACGAGAGAUCCAAGGUGCCAUUAUCAUGUCUUCAUUGAUAGAAGUUGUAAUUGGCUUCCUUGGCCUGCCAGGUGCUCUGCUAAAAUAUAUUGGACCUUUGACUAUUACACCAACAGUGGCCCUGAUUGGUCUCUCUGGUUUCCAGGCAGCAGGAGAAAGAGCAGGGAAACACUGGGGCAUAGCUAUGCUAACUAUUUUUCUAGUAUUGUUAUUUUCUCAAUAUGCCAGAAAUGUUAAAUUUCCUCUCCCAAUUUACAAAUCCAAAAAAGGAUGGACUGCCUACAAAUUGCAGCUUUUCAAAAUGUUCCCUAUAAUCCUGGCUAUCUUGGUAUCCUGGUUACUGUGCUUCAUAUUCACUGUGACAGAUGUCUUUCCACCUGACAGCACAAAGUAUGGGUUCUAUGCUCGUACAGAUGCUAGACAAGGCGUGCUUUUUGUGGCACCUUGGUUUAAAGUUCCAUAUCCAUUUCAGUGGGGACUUCCAACCGUUUCAGCUGCUGGGGUUAUAGGAAUGCUCAGUGCAGUGGUUGCUAGCAUUAUCGAAUCCAUUGGUGAUUAUUACGCCUGUGCAAGAUUAUCUUGUGCUCCACCACCCCCCAUUCAUGCAAUAAAUAGGGGGAUUUUCAUUGAGGGGCUAUCCUGUGUUCUAGAUGGUGUGUUUGGUACUGGAAAUGGUUCCACUUCAUCAAGUCCCAAUAUUGGAGUUUUAGGAAUAACUAAGGUUGGAAGUCGUCGAGUUAUUCAGUAUGGUGCGGCUUUAAUGCUUAUGCUUGGAAUGAUUGGGAAAUUCAGUGCAUUGUUUGCGUCCCUUCCAGACCCUGUGCUUGGAGCCCUCUUUUGCACACUCUUUGGAAUGAUCACUGCUGUUGGAUUAUCGAAUCUUCAGUUUAUAGAUUUAAAUUCUUCCCGUAAUCUCUUUGUCCUUGGAUUUUCCAUUUUCUUUGGACUUGUUCUUCCAAGUUACCUGAAGCAGAAUCCACUAGUUACAGGGAUCACAGGAAUUGAUCAAGUAUUAAAUGUCCUUCUCACCACAGCUAUGUUUGUAGGUGGAUGUGUUGCUUUUGUUUUGGAUAACACCAUCCCAGGUACUCCAGAAGAAAGAGGAAUACGGAAAUGGAAGAAAGGAGUUGGAAAAGGAAGUAAAUCACUUGAUGGCAUGGAAUCCUAUGAUUUGCCAUUUGGCAUGAACAUUAUUAAAAAAUUCCGAUGCUUCAGUUAUUUACCAAUCAGCCCAACCUUCAUGGGUUACACAUGGAAAGGUUUCAGGAAAAGCACUAACUGCAGAAAUUCAGAUGAAGAUUCAGAGGCUACUGUAUAGCCUUAGUUGAAAUUAUAUUAUCUAGUUGUAGUAAAAGAUGUAUUUGAAGUUCUUUGCUGAUUAAUAAGCAUUAAAAUAUAUGUUUUGUAUAUCUGCAUUUAAAUUUUGAAACCCAGAGCCGAGACUGAUUAUAAAUAGCUUUUCUGUUGUGGGUGGUGAUAUUGUCUAAUAUAGUGUCUUGACCAUCUUAUUAUUUAAAUCCUUGAUCCUGGCUCUUUUCAGGGCAUCCAUUGCUGGCAAUGAUAGCUGCGCCUGAAAAUUCCUGAUCCUCCUGUGGAAGAGAGAUAUUUGGAAUUCGUUGUGGCUUUUUUUGUUCUUUUGUGGGGGAGGGGGGGUUGUAUUUGUUUUAUUCAUUCCUCUUUCUUGGUAAAUGUGUAGUAUUGUUUUGGAUAUGUGCUGUCUUAUCCUAGCAUUCUGAAUGUUUGACUGCAUGCCAAGUCAUCCAAGAUGCCUGUCAACAUUUUCUCUUCCUCACCUAGAUUUUCUGUACUCAUUACACAGGCAAAUUCACAGGACCUAUCUCUGCCCUAGAAAGACUUCUGGUCCUUCAAGCCACUCGAACCUACUUCCUUGGAUAGUUUGUUCAUAAUUUUUCAUUUCAUCUGUGCCUAAAAAAAGUCUUGGGGAAAGCAAAAAUGCAUUUUUUUCUGCAUCAUUUUGACUUAAUAGUCAAUAUAGUCAUAUUCUCCUCUUGCAUUUGUAUUUCAGAAAUCUGGAUUGCCCUAUGGUUUAUGUAGACACACAUUUGUAAAAAUCACAGAUACUUGUUUUGAAUGAAUCUGGGUGAAGAGGAUAUGGGUCAUGUGUUCUUUUAAUCAAUGUCUAUUGACUAUUAAUCUGCUGUCUUUCAUAAUCAGAUUAUUAAUACUACCCUGCCUAAAAGUCUACUAAGAGAUAAUUUAUUACUAUAUCCUUAUCCCCUGGAUUUUUGAAUAGAUACAGGUUAUCUAUCAUCUGAGAGUACCAGUCAUUGUUAGCUGAAUAUUUUGGCUCUCCUGUAAUAUGGAUGUUGUUAGUUAUUAGGCAUUCAUAAUUGUGAUUCUAUAUUCACGUUUAAUGUUCUUAUUACAAAUUAAUUUGACGUCAGUGUUUUUCAUUGUGAUCUAUCCAACUUUGAUGUGAUCCACUCUUGUCCCCUCACUCACCCACUCCAUUCCCCAAAGAAAAACAGGAAAAAGAACUCGCAUUUGCAAUGCCAUGGAAAUCAUCAGGGAAGCUUAAUAUAAUGUGCUCUUAAGGCCAGUAUAAUAUUUCUGUGCUUGCAUUUUGUAUGUCUUGAUCAAAUGAAGGUUUAUGCUAUAACUCUUUUUUAAAAAAUGUAUCUGAACUGACUACUUGACUAGAGCAUGGGAAGGCCAUAGUUUUCCUCUGAGUCUUGCUUUAAUAUAAGAUCAAGGAGAAAGAAUAAGUGAAUCAAUCAGCAUUGAAUGACCCAAUAUCUGAGUAAAUCCAUUUACUCUAGUUCAUGGAAUGUCUCCAUAAAAAUCUUUAUUAUUGCACAGCUGUUCACAGAAGAGAUUUUUAAGCUGUUUUAGCUCAUGGAAACAUUCAAUAAUUUGCCAUUUCGAUAUCUGCUGGAUAUUAUCAAGGUAGUCUGCAUGGUUGUACUACCUGUUUGAAUAAAGCCUUCUCCUUUUUCUUUUUGUUUACUGAUCCACUCUAAGUGAGAGGCAUUUGUUUGAAUGUUGCCUUAACACCUGCUUCCUUGCUGAGCACUCUAAUUGAGAACACUAAACUAUUAAUAAAAAUAGCCUGUUUAUUUGAUUUGGAGUUAUCAGCUCAGGGAAAGGUAAAAAAAAAAAAGAGAGAAAAGUCAGAAACUUAGUGAGAUGACUACAUUUAUACCAGAUCCUGAAGAUGGUUAAUCAGCUGCUGUUUGAGCAGCUAAAAGGAACCAAAAUGGAUAAUUUCAAAUAACAUACAACUCUUUUUGCAAUAGUUCAUUUUUGCCUCCAUUUCUAGCUUAAGGAACUCCAGUCUUGGCACUCAAGUCAGUGUUAAGAUUAGUUUGUUAUAAAUAGGAGAGAAGCACUUUGAGAUCAACUUAGCUGUAUUUUUAGAUUGUUGGCUAAAUAAGCUAUAUGUUUUUAACCCUUUGACUCCAGGAAGCUUAAGCUAAAGUGAGCAUUGCAUUAAGACACCCUGGCUUGUCUGCAUUUCGUGCCAAGAUCUUAUUACAGAUUAAACGAAACACAUGUAUUCAGAAUUGCUUGUGGUUUUAUAUGUUAAAGUUCUGGCUGUUUUAGUGUACAUUAGACGUAGUGUUGUUCAAAAGAAAAUCACCUAGUGGUUCAGUCAAUCUUGUCUUUUUCGUUGUGAGACAAGCAAUAUACCAUGCUGUGUUAAGCUAUGCUUUGUUUAGCCCUAUCUGAUUCCUUUCCCCUGACAAAUGGAGAAAACUAUGCUAAAUUGAUGGGUGUUUGGUAAGUAUGCCGUGACACUAUUUCUAACUGUUCGGCACAGUAAAGCUGUCAAAUAUCUUACCAGAAUGAUUUAACACUUACCAGUGUAAUUCAGUAAUAACAUCCUGGUUAAUAUGGAUGACUUGCCUUUUUGAUAUCUUUCUUCCAUUAAACAGUGUAAAAAGUUUGCGUGUUGCAAAAGAUUCAGGAGCUGUUGUUUUCAACUCCUUCAGCCUUGGAAAAUGUCUUGCUUUGUACCAUCCAUGUGUGAUGUACCUUUACUUUAAACAAAUAGAGAAGAGACAUAAAGUAACUGGACUUUCUCUAGAGAGAAUUUCCCACGCUGAUGUGAUGUUUGGUGUGGGAUGAACUUUGAGAAUUGCCAAAUUAGGGGGUCCUUUUUGAACUAUUUUGUGAAGCAGGGACUGAAAUGUAGUAAAGAGAACAAUAUACCAGGUCACCAAUGGGGCCAUUUGCCAGGAAUUGAAAAUGUAAAUGUGGUAGGAAUCCAGUGUUUGAAUUGGACAAUAAUAAAUUUCUUGCAUAUACAUAGCACCUAAAGUUAAUCACAUAAUAGAGUGCAGCUCAAUUGCCAGCAAGCAAGCUGUGGAACAAAAGAUGCUAUAUUGGUGCAGGGGGUUAAUUUGUUAUGUUUUUAGUUUCUGUUUAUAGAAAUAGCUAGGUAUGAAGCUGAGGAUAACAUAAGGGUGAAUUGAGUGUGUCUGUCACACUGCAGUUUUUUUGUGUGGAAUGGGGCAAUUUGCUGAAUUGUUUGUCCACUAAAUCGAAUAUAUAGUAGAAAAUAUAUUAAAAGCCUGAUAUGUUCAGAAUGAAAAACAGAAAAGAGUGUCCCAUCUCCCAAUUCAUGGCAAAAAUACUUUCUUCACCACAGUCAUAGAAUUGGAAACUCACCCUGAAUUUCUCUAAUUUACCAGCAGUAUAAUUGAUAGUCAUUCAGAAUUAACACACUGAAAUUCAGGUUCUUGUUUAAAGGAACCCACAGAUUUCAGUUUUGUUGCAAACUAUCUGUAAUUGGCCAGAGUAAAUGCACUAGGUCACACCAGGUGAGUGACCAGUGAACUAGGAGAAGCAGUCAUAUCUCCAUGUGUGACAGAUCCACAGGAUUUGCUUUAUAUCUUUGAAUACAGACUUUAAAUAUAACAGCUUGGUUUGUACAUGAAUAUUGCAGUAUUUCCAUAUAUUAAAAUAACAUUUCCACCCAGGAUAAUGGUCACAGGUUUCCAGGGAGGGAGUGAUAUGAUUUUCAUGACAAUGUCAUGUGAUAAUAGAAUUUCUCCAUUGAUGAAUCUCUAGUUAGUUGUGUAUACUUUGUUUACCCAUGCUUCUGUUUAUAACAAAAAACUGAAGUUGUUUCUUUUAUUCAUGUCCCUGCUGAAAAUAUUGGUACUAGGAAAUUAGAGUGAACAUUUGCAGAUGUAAUCCUCAGUGCUUUUAUGUGCCACAAAAGUGGUUAAGCCAAAUGCAUCAGUCAGAGAAUAAUCAGCUGUGGCAAUAUCUUUAUACCAAGAGUUUCAGGAUUUAGGGGAGAGAACAUUCAGUAGGUUAAAUUUAAUUGUGACGUAAAGGGGACUGCAGAUUAACAACGACUGAUUUAGCUAGUUUCAAAAUAGCUUAACCAUUAGAUUUUGGACACCCAGUUCACAUCUCUUUGUGCUAUACAAAGUACAUAAUUCCUGUAUCAAUGUACAAUAUGUAAUUUCCCUAACACAAAUGCAAUGCUCCAAUGGGGUGGCCACUUUCAACUCCACAGAUGAAAAAAAGGCAACUCUCUCCCUUAGUCAAAGAGACCUAAUUGAAAUAGCGACCAAUGACUUAAUUCCCACAUGCUGUGUAUAUCUUAGUAUUUCUUGUUGUGGCUUUUAAGAGAAUACGACAUCUCCUGCAUCACCACAGUCUGACAGUUAUUAACAGUAUUGCAAGAAGGCCAUACAGUUGUUUAUUUUUGCCGAAGGAUCCAUCCAUCUGGCUUUGUGCUGAGCUACUUUUUGUACUGAGGAAUUCAUUUUAGCAGCAUCCAAAAACAUUCCCAUCUUGUUGAGUGUGACUAUGCACUGUCAUCACUAUAUAUAUUAUUACUAUCAAAUGUGCUUAGAUUGCUGUUUGUAUUUUUCAGGCACUUAGGACAUCUUGACCAGUGUGGCCAUCUUGCUGAUAAUUCAAAUUAUUGUAUUUUUUGUUGGUUCAGAACAACUUUUGACAUGUUAACAGACUGGAUGCUCUUAAAACAGUGGGGAUGCCUAUAUUUUCCAUGAGUUUUGUGGCUAAAUUUGGCUGUAAACCUUUUGGAGUUUUUUCGUGUUUUAGGGGGGAGGGGUUUUUAUUUUUCUCUUUUGUUUGUCUUUUUAUUAUUUUACAUACCAAGGGUUUGGUUUUUCUUUUUGGGGGGGAGGGGUGGGGAAGGGUUUGAGAUGUGUAAUUCUUUUAUGGAGUUUUUAAAAGAUUUCAUAUUGUUUUUCUAACAUGGCUUCAUUAAACGUUUAAAUAUUUAAAAAUAUGUAAUAUUUGGACCAGAUGUUGUGAAUAAAUAGUAGAGAUAAAGCUAUUUUAUUCUGUAUUUUUAAAGCUGUUCAGUAUAAAUAAAAGCUGACCUAGAUGCAGUCCUGU